AUGAGGAUUCAGGACAGCUUUUUUUCCGCCCCGAACCGUAACCGUAGCAAGGCUUACACCGCGGCCAAGGAGGCCGAGAAUGCCAAGAAGCAAGCCAAGGCGGAGCGCAAGGCGGAGCGCGCGGCGAAGAAGAAGAGAAAGUCGAAAAAGGGCACCGACACCCCGGAACUGGUCCCGAACACCGUGCCAUGGGCGAUCGAGAACACCAAGAAGCUGGGCAUUCUCAACCUGUCAAAGAUGCAGCUGGAAAGCGUCCCCGACGAGGUGUUCGAAAGCCUACCCGGCACGGCCCGCAUCCUCAACAUCUCGUUCAACCGCAUCACCGAGCUGGACACGCGGCUGUGCGACUACGUGCUCGUGCAGCGCCUGAUCGCCAACGGAAACCUGCUGUCGUCGAUCCCGCAGAACAUCGUGCGCAUGACCGCGCUGAAGAAGCUGGACCUGGCGUCCAACAAGCUCACCAGCCUGCCGGACGCCUUCACGGGCAUGCGCGUGCUGGAGCACGUCGACCUGAGCGACAACAAGCUGUCGGAGCUCCCGCCGUCGUUCGCCGAGCUGCAGCUCACCGCGCUCAGCUUGGGCCGCAACGCGUUCACGACCGCGCCGCUGCAGGUCACGUCGAUGGAAUGGCUCAUGGCCCUGGACCUCAGCCACAACCAGAUCACAAGCGUACCAGAGUCGUACAUGUCGCUGACGCAGCUGACCGCGCUCAACCUGGAGCACAACAAGCUCGCAGACUUUCCGAACGUGAUCCUGCAGAUGUGCGUGGAGCUGGUCACGCUGCGGCUGACGGACAACCCCAUGCGCAUGGCGGCGCUGGAGGGGAAGGCGAGCUACGUCGACUUUGCGGAGAGGCGGCGCACGAAGCUUCGGCGGCAGCUGGACGCCGGCACCAUCACGGAGGCGGACUUGCUGCCGUGCAACCCGUAG